AUGGCCACGACCACCACAUUUCACUCGUGGAUACACCACGACAGCCAAGCCGAUCGCGAUAGUCUAUCAUCACAGAAGAGCCAGGUGUUUCGGCAUGUGGCUGCGCACCGAAAAUGGGAGCGACUUCAGCGGACACGGAAACUGCGGGCCUCGGCUUUAAAUGUGUACCAUACAUUUCAAGAGCAAGGGCAGCCGCGUUCUCAGAUCGACACCCAUUUCGCUGGUUCCUGCGACCCCUUUGACACCCUUCCCAUCCCCCACACCUAUCAGGUCAACGAGCUGCUCCAAUUUGACCAAAGACACCUCUCUCCGGCUCUUGCAAAAUCGAUAAUUUCUUUGCAUCCCUCUGCGACGUUUCUCCAAGAUGAACUGGCUGCCUACGGGUUCUUGGCUCGCAUUGCAGCUGUUAAGGCGCGAUGCGACCCUCAUCCAGAAGCAUUCAAUGUUGUACUAAAAUUGAAAGACAAGGCGAUGCAGCAACUCCGCUUGAACCUCUCUCAAACACCCCUUGCUCGUCUUCCCAAGGCCGUCAUGUCUCUUCUAUUUGCCGAGACCUGGUGCUACAACCUAGAAGCUGUGGCAGUCCACCUCCGGCUGCUAGAGGUUAUCAACAGCCAUUCUGGAUUGGAUACCGACGAUCUCAUAUGCGUUCUCCACUCGGAUAUCCAACGUGCCACCUUGACGCUGGGCAGCCCGCUUUUUACGGUGGACGGCAACACAUGGGAUAUCCUUGAGGCGGAAUAUACAGCUUUUCUAUGGCCUCAGAGUGACGCGGACACCAGCAUUCAGUGGCCUCAACUGCAACCACUGGUUGAUAUGAAAAAGGCUCUUGUGGCUUUACAUGUACUGAAGACGUCCGAGGUAUCGGAAGCUGUCCGACAGGCGGCCACCAUCAAAUUCCUGCACAUCAUGAGGACCCUUCUGGAACAGUACCGUACGAGCCCUGAUGAUGUUGAGCAAUGCGUGGCUCUGGCAGCGUUAUACCGGCUUCGUCUAGAGGCCAACAUGGAGCGGAUACCGCUUUUCAAAAUCACGGUUUACAAUGCUGGAAAGGAGAUUCUUUCAAGGCUUCAAGAGUUGCUCACCGUGAUCUCCAAUGACGCACCAAGUGUACGCCUGUGGGUUUUGUUUGUGGGCACGAUGUCAGGCGACCAUUGGUUUAGGGAGGAAUUCACGAUACAAGCACAGACCCUGGGACUCACGAGUACAGACCGCAUCAAAGCGUGCUUGGAUGUCUUUGAGGAACAGGGUGUACCAUAUUCACUGAUGGAUCGACCAGAGAAUUGCUAA